UCAUUAUGCUUGAUUUAACCUGUUCAUGAUCCUUGAUCUAGCCUGUUUAUGAUCCUUGAUCUAACCUGUUCAUGGUCCUUGAUCUAACCUGUUCAUGCUCCUUGAUCUAACCUUUUUAUGAUCCUUGAUCUAGCCUGUUCAUGCUCCUUGAUCUAACCUGUUCAUGAUCCUUGAUUUAACCUAUCAUGCUCCUUGAUCUAACCUUUUUAUGAUCCUUGAUCUAACCUGUUCAUUCUCCUUGAUCUAACCUGUUCAUGCUCCUUGACCUAACCUGUUCAUGAUCCUUGAUCUGACUUGUUCAUGAUCCUUGAUCUAACCUGUUCAUGAUCCUUGACCUAACCGUUCAUGCUCCUUGAUCUAACCUGUUCAUGCUUCUUGACCUAACCUGUUCAUGAUCCUUGAUCUAACCUGUUCAUGCUCCUUGAUCUAGGAGGAAAGGACCAGGUAGAGUCCGCCAACAAGAGGGAGAAAAGGAUGAACCAGCAGAAGAAGGAUCUCAGCAUGGCAGUUAUCCUCAUCUCUACAAUCAUCAUGUUCUUCGCCUUCCACACCCCCAGGAUUUUGACUAGUGUGUAUGAAGCAAGUACAAUCCAAGAUGUACUGUACUGCAGAGGGAAGGAGAAGGAAUAUAGAGGUAUUUGGUAUCUAUACAUCCAGCUAGUAGUCCAGCUUAUGAUGCUGGUCAACUGCUCUAUAAAUCUUCCUGUAUACCUUUUAGUCUCAACACCGUUCAGGACUACCUGUAGAAAGUACCUACUCUGCUGGUUUACGAAGGAAUCUAAUGGAAGACGACCAGGAGAUGACGGAAAUGAUAGAGCUGUAAUGCAGCAACUGUUACACAAGGAGCAAAACUGAAGUAAAGAUAACAAAUAAUAUUGAAGAAUGUAAAGAUCUUAUAUCUUUAAUUUAUACUCUAUGU